CACUCCGAUAAUCACGUUCACUAUCGGAUCACAUGACAGCAAAGGGCCAGCGCAAACGUCCUUACUUAUGCGGCUAAAUUCACUAUUUCUCGUUGAUUUUAUCAUACUUUGACAUUUUCGUUCACAAGGGAGUAGUAUUUUAGCCAAAAUGGUGAAGAUCUGUGGACCAAAAUGCUCGACAUGUUGCUCUUUGCUGAGUAUAUGGGGUGUAGUAAUGCUGCUUCUUAUGGGGGUCUUCUUCAGGAUAAAUGCCUUGGCUUUCAUUGAAGACGUCAACCUCAAGGAGGACUUCGACCAGGAUGACUUGGAUGCGGCCUACACAAGUGUCUCAAAUAAUUGCUUCAUCGCUGCGGGGAUUUACCUUCUCUUUGCCGGCUUUUCCAUCUACCAAUAUUCAGUCAACAAGAGGUUGCAGUAUCAGGUGGAUUAAAGAUUCAGUUUGUGAUUGAUUGAUUGAUGUACUAUCCUAUCAUCAACCCUCUAUCAAGAUGGAUUGGACCCUAUCCAAACUGCCAAUAAGCCAUUACCAACUCUGCAACCAACAGGGACAUCCGUCUAUUAAAGUAGCCAGCUUCAAAUAAAUCCGUCUUCGUGGCCACCUCUAUUUAAAGCCCCUCUGUAGUAGUCUGGCCAGGGGAAUUAGACCUCCCUGCAAGGUCACUGACAGGUGGUUAUCUCAUCAAAUCAGCUCGCAAUCAACAUGGUUAAAUGUCAUCCUCUAUGAAGAACAUCAUGGUUCAUGGUUCUAGGCUUCCAAGAAAAAUAGCAUUCUACCAAGUUGACAAAAAUUGUUAUUGAGACAACCAAAGCAAAAACAAUAUCAUAUAAACCAACAUCUCAAACAAUUAACUCUGCAUACGUCGAAUCUAUACUAACCACCACAAAAAAAAUCGACUUGGAAAGAGUAAUUAAGACAUAUUUUGGAUAGUUAGGAUUU